CCCACUCACUUCGUGAACAGCGCACUCCUAACUUCUGUUAACACUUUAACACAUUACACAGUAACAAAUUGUAUUGAAAUAGAAGGAAAAAACAACAAGUGGAGCUUUAAUUCCAGCAAGCCUCUGACACUUGUUUGGAUCUUUUUUUUUUUAAGUUUUGUUCACCUGAAGGGCUUUCCCCCACCCUCCGGUCCCCUGACAGCGGCUCUUGCUGCAGCUUCUGUCCGCCCCCGGCUCCUUCCCUUCCGGCCAUGGGCUCCGUGUUGCCCGGCUCCUCGCUGGGCCUGAAGUCGGGCUUCAAGCCGCACCAGCCGCUCUCCCUGGCGGACAUCAUCACCUCGGACAUCCUGCACAGCUUCUUGUACGGCCGCUGGAGGCACGUGCUGGGCGAACAGCACCACCAUCUCCCGCACCAGCAUCACCUGCAGCACGAGGACCGCACCACCCCAAGCGCGAGCCCCAAGACCGCGUUCACCGCCGAAGUGCUCGCGCAGUCCUUCUCCGGAGAGGUCCAGAAGUUGUCCAGUCUGGUGUUACCCAGUGAAGUGAUCAUCGCUCAGAGUUCGGUCCCAGGAGAAGGUUUGGGUAUUUUCUCUAAAACAUGGAUUAAAGCUGGAACAGAGAUGGGACCCUUCACCGGACGCCUCAUCUCACCUGAACACAUCGACCUGUACAAGAACAACAACCUUAUGUGGGAGGUGUUUAACGAGGACGGGACGGUCAGGUAUUUCAUUGAUGCGAGUCAGGAGGACCAGAGGAGCUGGAUGACUUACAUUAAGUGUGCGAGGAACGAGCAGGAGCAGAACCUGGAGGUGGUUCAGAUCGGCAGCAGCAUCUUCUACAAGGCCGUGGAGACAAUCCCUCCGGAUCAGGAGCUGCUGGUCUGGUACGGAAACUCCCACAACACCUUCCUGGGAAUCCCUGGAAUUCCUGGAGGAGAUGAGGAACAGAGCAAGAAGACCAAAACCGAUGAGUUCCACACCUGUGAAGGCUCCUCUUCCUCCUCCUCCUCUUCUUGCUCCUCUUCCUCUUCUUCCUCCUCCUCCAGUCUGGGCCGCAUGCGUUGCGUCAUCUGCCACCGCGGCUUCAACUCCCGCAGCAACCUGCGCUCCCACAUGCGCAUCCACACGCUGGACAAGCCGUUUGUCUGCCGCUUCUGCAACCGCCGGUUCAGCCAGUCAUCCACGCUGAGAAACCACGUCCGGCUGCACACCGGUGAGCGCCCGUACAAGUGUCACGUCUGCCAGUCCGCGUACUCGCAGCUGGCCGGCCUUAGGGCGCACCAGAAGAGUGCCAGGCACCGGCCCACAGGAGACGCCGGUGCUGCGGUGGGAAGCGUGGUGUUGCAAGCUGCUCACGCAGCUCACGCAGCUCACUCACCUCCUCCUCACCCACCACAGCUGACCGCCAUGCCUCAUCCAGCAUCACUGGUUCGCCAUGUACCCACCAUGGUGCUGUGAUAGGGGGUAGACGGACAGACGCACCAAAUUACAGACAGACAGAUAAGCAGAAUCAUGUUUUGACUUAAAAAAUGUGUGGACAAAAUAAGACAGAAACGUGUAUCACUAUCAUUGAAGAACAUGACUGGAAGUAACCCAGGUAGCCAGAUGAAUCGGUCCAACUACGGCUCAUUGUUGGCACAUUUGGCUGUGUUCUGGUAGCCCAAUUCUGACAAGAGGCUCCAGUUAGUGGCUCUCACUUCAGCGUUUGACCAGAGUCCGAACACAAAAUCAGACCUGGUUACUUUGGCUGAUUUUGGCAAAUCAUUCAUUAUCCUGAGUCCAGUCAUUUUCAGGAAGGAUUGUUACGCUAGAAACACAAUCCAUAGUAUUGACCUUUCAGAGCAGAAGUAUUACAUAAAAAAUGUGUUGAUGCUUGGUAUCAACACGCCAGCAAUCACUUCAAAUGAGGAUAUCCUUUCCAAUCGGCCACAAAUAAAAGCUGAGUUGUCAGUUGACUUUCUCGAACAAAACAGCAGUGAGCUCACUUAUAUUCUUACGUUCAUUCUUUAAUAAUGUGAUACUGAAUUCUGACCGGCAGAUGUUGCCAAACACUUCAGAUCAAUUUUGAGCAUGUUGAUUCAAUGGGGUUUGGUGCUUCAGAGAGUUCUGUCUCCCUAUCGCUGGCGCCAUAUUCAGGGCACUGCUAGACUUGGAUUUGAGUUACCUGGGUAAUAAUUUACAGAGAAAACUCCACUCUCCAACAACUAGAUGGCUGUUAGCUUGAUGACAAGUAACAUCAUUUAAACAUCAAACCAGUCAGAUUGUUCAGAAGUAAACCGAACACUAUUUAGACAGAGGACGUUUGUACAUUAUAUGCAUGCACACAUACACAUCUCUAAGUAAACAGACACACUUAGAUAAUCACAGACACACACCAACAGUUCUUUUAUUAAAGGUCCCAUAACAUGGUGCUUUUUGGAGGCUUUUAUAUAGGCCUUAGUUGUCCCCUAAUACUGUAUCUGAAGUCUCUUUCCCGAACAGCCACUAGAGCCAUUCCCACAAUGAGCUUUCCUUAGGACGUGCCAUUUCCAUGUCUGUAGCUACUGAGGAAGGGGGGAAGGCAAGGUGGAGGGUGGGGAUGUGGCCUUGACCAACUGCCACUCAUUUGAAAGCCAUGAUGUUUCCCUCUCAUGGGCGGAUCAAAUUCUCUGGGCGGGCAAAGUAGAGAAAGGGGAGGUAAAGAGCAAGAUUCCAGAUCGGCCCAUCUGAACUUUCAUUUUCUCAAAGGCAGAGCAGGACACCCAGGGCUUGGUGUACACCAAUCGCCCUUUCUAGCCACUGGGGGACCAUAGGUGUGCUGGGGGAACGCAUAUUAAUGUUAAAAAACCUCAUAAAGUGAAAUUGUCAUGCCAUGGGACCUUUGAGAGUUUAAGAGACUCUGAUAAUGAUUCAUAAAACAGUUGCAUGAUGGUACACAGUGUUAGCCUGUGACUCUAGUUUAAAUCACGUUUCUGUGAGAAGAUGAUGUCGUGCUUUGGUUUGCAUGCAAAUUAUUCUCUGUUAAAGGUAUGCGUAUGUUGAAAACCAAGAGGCGUUACAGUCUGAGCACUGAGGCUCCUUCACAGGAGUUUUUGGUAGAUCGUCCUGUUGAUCAGUUUAUAGAAACAUCCAGUUAUUCCCAUGUAACAGGUAAGCAUUCAUGAUGCUAAAGUUCAAUCUAUAGUUUCUGUGUCCACAAAUUAGCCUUCACGACUCAAGGACAUCAAGGCCUCAACACUUUGGCAUGUAUUUAGUAAAAUGCCCUUCACACCUGUAUUUAAAAGUUAGCAGAAAUAUCUUGGUGACUUGGGUCAACUUUAAAUCACAAAAUUAUAAUAAGUAGCAUACUGUCUUGACAGAGCUGACAUUUGAGGGAAUGCAGCACCAAAGACAUUGAGCCAUGCUCUCAUGUUAACAUGUUGAAUUAUAGUAGCAUCCAAGCUAGCACUUAAGCACACACCUUGGUGAUUGAAAACCUUGU